UACACUGAACAGUGUGCAUCUUACGCGCUUCUCCAAAGCAUGCUUUACACCAAAGCGCAAAAACAGCAUUACGCACGGCGAUGAGAUAGAAGUGGAACAGCGUCACGGACAUUUGGACUGUGAGCUAUUUUAUUCCCCAAUUUUCUGGAUAUAUUUGGAAGUCAGUGAGCUGGGGGCCAUUUGGAGGAUUCGCGAUAAAGGGAUUAGUCUCCGGGGACACACUUGUGCAGGUACUGCAUCUUAUGUCGGCUUCUCUAUCUGUUAAGACCGCAAGCUUUUGCUGCGCAACUUAUCUCCAAGCACUGACAACUACUGAGAGGCAACUCUGCGCGCUCUGAGCUAACUGUUUUGAAAAGUAAAGGGGUGCAAAAUAACAAACAUGACACGCGAGGACAAAUCAAGAUCAGAAUGGAUUUAACCCAGUUAAACCCGUCGACGGAAAACGUCUCCAAGGAUGAGAACAGCACGGGCGCACCGAUUGCCUUUCCUCACACAGAGGCGGCCGCUGCGCUCAUCAUCGUGGUAGUUACUGUGAUCAUCUCGGUGACCAUUGUCGGCAACGUGCUGGUCAUUGUGGCGGUGCUGACCAGCCGGGCUCUCCGUGCGCCUCAGAACCUGUUCCUGGUGUCACUGGCGUCUGCCGACAUCCUGGUGGCCACGCUGGUCAUCCCCUUCUCUCUUGCCAAUGAGGUAAUGGGCUACUGGUACUUUGGCACCACUUGGUGCGCAUUCUACCUGUCACUGGACGUGCUGUUCUGCACCUCAUCCAUCGUCCACCUGUGCGCCAUCAGCCUGGACCGCUACUGGUCGGUUACCAAGGCGGUCAGCUACAACCUGAAGCGGACACCCAAACGCAUCAAGUCCAUGAUCGCUGUGGUGUGGAUAAUCUCGGCCGUCAUCUCCUUUCCUCCUCUCCUCAUGACCAAACACGACGAGCGGGAGUGCUUGCUGAACGAUGAGACCUGGUACAUCCUCUCCUCCUGCUUGGUUUCCUUCUUCGCCCCGGGCCUCAUCAUGAUCCUGGUUUACUGUAAGAUCUACAAGGUGGCCAAGCAGCGCUCCUCCACCGUGUUCGUGGCCAAGAAUGGCCUGGAGAGGCAGCCCUCCCAGUCGGAGACCUGCUUCGUCAGGAAGGACCGGUUCGAGAUGGAGAGCCCGAGUAGCCAGAGCUCCGGCAGCCACCAGCAGAGACAAGGGGAGCUGGACGACAUCGACCUGGAGGAGAGCUGUUGUCCGUCGGACGUUAAACCCCGGAAUCACCGCUUCACCAAGCGCAGGAAAGUGGAGGGCUCGGACUGCUGCCCGCGGCAGAGCUGCCGUCUCUCCUGGGCCUCAGCCCGGGCCCCGCAGCUCUUCCCGGAGCAGAAGAGCGCAGCAGGGCGCCAGCAGCUGGCCGCGGCCAACAAGACCAAAGUUGCCCAAAUGCGAGAAAAGCGCUUCACCUUCGUGCUGGCGGUGGUGAUGGGGGUGUUCGUGCUUUGCUGGUUCCCCUUCUUCUUCACUUACAGUCUGCAUGCCAUCUGCAGGGACAGCUGCUACAUCCCCAACGCCCUAUUCAACCUCUUCUUUUGGAUAGGCUACUGCAACAGCUCAGUGAACCCCAUCAUAUACACUAUUUUCAACAGGGAUUUCAGAAAAGCGUUCAAGAAAAUCAUAUGCAGAACUUCCAAACGCACAUAAACGCACCGGCAGAGGGAGAGGGGGGUAUAAGGACAAGUCUGCUCUUCCUCUCUCUCGUUCAAAAACGGAAAGAAUUAGUAGACUAAUUCUUCCUCCAUGCUGAUCUGUUGUCCUUAAACAAACCUUUCAUUGUAAUUAAUAUCAUAAAAAAAAUAUCCAGUGUUGUGUACAGAUGUUUAAAUGUUCAUGAAUAAAAUGU